GCUAUUCCAUGCUUCCUUGCCUUGUUGCCAUGUUCCCCUUUGUGCUUUUCUUGACACUCCUUUCGAACAUACUUCCCGCUCUUUCGGAUGUUCCGCCCUUCCUCAACAGCGAAGACUACCAAUUCAGCAAAUAUGGUCCAUACCCUCGCCAACGCUUCUUCUCCGACCCGGAAGUCAUAGCGCCAGUUCCAAACAUCAUCGUCCCUCCUCAACAAGGCAUAUCUCCAGAAAAGCUCGUUAGCUGGGCACCACACGGCGAUCAAGUUCCUAUCCACGGCCCGCAACUGCUCGAUGCAGAGACUCUCUCAGUUGUCUACCAAGCUCCAGCCUUCGACGAGGACAACUUCGGCAUCUCGGUUCAGAGCUGCAAUGGCUCUGAUUAUCUGGUCUGGUGGUCUGGCACGAAUAUUGACGGAAGAGCUGCUGGGCACUUUUACAUGCUGAACUCGACAUAUCACUCCGUCUUCAAUAUCUCCUCUGUAGGGUUGAGGUUGGCAGAUGCCCACGACAUCUUCAUUACACCUGAUUGUCAUGCUGUAAUCACAGUCUACGAACCUAAGCCUUUUGAACUGGAAAACUUUGGUCUACAAGAUAAUUCCUGGCUGCUGGAUUCGUACAUUCAAGAGAUCGAUCUUGCGACAAAUGAGCUGGUAUUCCAAUGGCGAGCUUCUGACCACAUCGAUCUUCACGAAAGCCUAUGGUUGCCUCAAAUCGCUGGCGAGAACGCAGAGUGGCAAGGCUUGCACAAACAGAAUGCUUGGGAUUUCUUCCAUGUUAACAGUGUGGAGAAAGAUUGGAAGGGCAACUUCUUAAUCUCGGCUAGACAUACGAACGCGAUCUACUACAUCGAUGGUGUGGAUGGGAGUGUGCUCUGGACGUUGGGUGGGAAAAGAAACCAAUUUGAGGAUCUGAAUGAUGGGUAUGCUACUGACUUUUCGUGGCAACAUCAUGUUCGAUGGGUGGAUGAGGAAUUGACCACCAUCAGCGUGUUUGAUGAUAGAAAUUGCCGAUACAUCAAGUCCACCGACCCCAUCUCCCGCGGUGCCCUCAUUCAACUCGACUUUGACGCCAAGACGGCCUCGCUCAAACACAACUACCGCGCUGCCUCUCACAUCGAAUCCUUCCGCAAAGGAAGCAUGCAGGUCCUUCCUUCCUCAAACGUUCUAUUAGGAUUUGGCAACCAACCCGCUUUCACCGAAUAUGCUCCCAACGGCACAAUACUCCAUAAUGUCCACAUGGGCCCUGUAAUGGCUGGUUAUGACAGAGAGACGGCGGAUAAUUACCGCAGUUUGAAAGUCAACUGGACCGGAACACCACACUGGAGUCCCAAGAUCGCUGCUGGACCUACUCUAGUCAACGCGACUGAUCUAAUGGACGCGGCUGAUGGAAAUGUGAGAGACUGGGUUGAGGCGAGGAAUGAUACAGUCUACAUGAGUUGGAAUGGUGCUAUGGAGUUGAAGAGGUGGAUGAUCUUCGCUGCUGCUCAUCCGUUGGAACUUGACAGUCUGGGUUCGUUAUUCGCCACUGCCAACAAGACUGGCUUCGAGACUGGUGUGCUUGUUGGCAGAGGAGAGAACAGUACACGGUUCUUGCGUGCUGUAGCUUUGGAUAAAGACGAGACGAUGAUGGAGGCGACACCGAUUCUGGACAUGGAGACCGGCCUGAGUCAUGAGCAUGCCAAGGACAUCCUCAUGGGCGAUGGUGGAAGUUGGUGGAGUGGUGAGCAAGCAGAGCAGUGGGAUGCUGCUGUACUCGUAGCUCUCGAAGAGGUGGACAGUCUUGUGAGGCUUCGACAGGAGUGGGACAUGCACAUAUCUCGCGGCGAGAAGAGCGAGGUCCUGUUGCCAGCAGUGCUGGGCCUCGCCGCAGCUUUCGCCUUGCUGGCCUGGUAUGGACGGAAUCAACUUAUCAAGGCGUUCGAAGACAAGUAUGCGGUCUUGAGUUCACAACGGCAGGACGAGGAGGAAGACAUUGGCGAGCGGACAAGGCUCAGAGACACAGACGAAGAAACAGGUCUCGACGACUCGCCAGAAAGAAAAGGCAUAAGGAGUAAGUUGCAACUCAUGUACUCAUGGCGGCAGUAGAUACUCUUGUAUCAUCUAACCAUCAAUCUCCACCUAUC